AUGGGCGACCCGGGACCAGCCUCGACUGCCGCCACGCGGGCUUGUCGGAUCGCCAACUGCUCUGGUGCACGCGGUGAUCCAGGAUACCAGAUGCGGCGUCAGGCAACACUUGGGCCUGUCGAUUUCAUAACUGGCGACUAUCUCGCAGAGAUGAACCUUGCCGAAAAUGCCCAGAAGAUGGCUGCUGGCAACCAUGAUGGCUGGGAACCUACUGCUUGGGAUGGCCUUGAGCAAACACUUGAUGUCAUCAAGGAUAAAGGUAUCAGGAUCAUCAUCAAUGGCGGAGCUCUUAACCCGCGGGGACUCGCGAAGAAGGCCCAGAAGUUUGUCAAUGACCGGGACCUGGGAUUGAAGGUCGCUUAUGUCUACGGCGAUAACCUGAUGGAGGAAGUAAAAACCAGCCUGGAGAAAACCGGUAAACUACCCCAGCACCUGGAUGGAGAGAACGAAAAAGUCUCGCUGCAAGAACAUGCCACAGACUUGCUGGACACAAAAGGGAAGCCUAUCGUGAGUGCAAACGCAUACCUUGGUGCAAGAGCCAUUGUCAAAGGCCUCGAGCUGGGGGCCGAUGUCGUAAUCUGUGGAAGAGUGGCAGAUGCGUCCCCAGUCAUCGGAGCAGCCUGGUAUUGGCACAAAUGGUCCGACACUGAUUACGAUCGACUGGCUGGAGCACUCGUGGCAGGGCAUUUGAUUGAAUGCUCUGCUUAUGCGACAGGAUCGAAUUUCUCGGGAUUUGAUGAAUACCCCUUGGAGACUUUCGUGGACCUGUCGUUCGGAAUCGCAGAAAUUGCGGAUGACGGGACCUCCAUCAUCACCAAGCACGAUGGCACCAAUGGCCUAGUCAACGAGGACAACGUCAAGUGUCAGUUCUUGUAUGAACUCCAGGGAGGCACAUAUCUCAACUCAGACGUCUCUGCCGAUACGACAGAUAUCAGGAUCAACCAAGUCGGCAAGAACAGAGUCAGGUUGUCAAACAUCAGAGGAUACCCACCGCCUCCAACGACCAAGCUGGCUAUCUUUUACCACGGAGGUUACGAGGCGCAGCUGCUGACCAAUGCAACUGGAUACGCAACAGCCGAGAAGUGGAGAUUAUUCGAGACACAAAUCCGGCACGCUCUCAAGCAGAAGAACCUCAUUGACGAGUAUCAACUGCUGGACUUCCAGAUCCUGGGAACCCCAGAGGCAAAUCCAAGAUCGCAGUUCUCCAGCACGACGUAUUGCCGAUUGUUCGUCCAAGCCGAUACGGAAGCCGCGAUAUAUGGGUUGGUGAAAGCGUGGAGCGAGAUCGCGAUGCAGCAUUUUUCAGGCUUCCAUCUCUCCCUGGACUAUAGAACAGCACUUCCGAGAUCCUAUCUCGCCUUCUACCCAGCUUUAUACCCGCAGAGCGACCUUAAAGAAGGAGUGGCAAUCCUAUCAACGGAAGGAGAAGACGCGCAGACUGCAGACGCCGGCCAUCCUCCCCACUAUCAAAAGCUAGCACCACGAGAGAAUUACGAGACCGCACAUCCCGUCGAUUUGGCCUCCUUUGGACCCACACGCAAAGCUCGUCUCGGAGACAUCACACUAGCCCGCUCAGGAGACAAAGGGGCGAACAUCAACUUCGGCAUCUUCGUCCGUCGCGCUGAACAUUACCCCUGGCUCCAGACUUUCAUGACCCGGUCAAAAAUCCAGGAACUCAUGGGCGAUGACUGGAGGGAUGAUUUCUUCAUCGAGAGGAUGGAGUUCCCGAAUAUUUGGGCGGUGCAUUUUGUCAUCUACGGACCCUUGGGCCGCGGGGUGAGUAGCUGCCGCCUGCUGGAUGCCCUGGGAAAGGGCUUUGCGGACUACAUCCGAGACAAGGUCGUGGAUGUGCCGGAAAGGGUUUUGGAAGACGUAGAUGCUGUCAAGAAGGAGAGAAGGGCGAUGUUAUGA